ACAUCGUAGUAUCGUACUCUAUUCGUACUUCACAGACACCGACUGAGWAUAGUUGAUAAUAAUAUAUAAUACAUUAUUAUUAUUAUUAUUAUUAUUUAUUAUAUCAUCUCGCCCUAUAUUGUGCUGUAAUAUUGUUCUAAUGAGUAAUAUUUAAUAACAGAUUAGUAAACAAUAAAUUGUUUUGUAAUAUCGAACGCAAUACGAUUCGACGGCGCGAGACGACUCAUAUUGUUAUUAUUACGAAUCGAUUUUCAGUGUAAUCGUCGCGUAGGUGUUGCCGUCGUCGCGAACACUCGUCACCGAUGACGCGUUCGUUCAUCGUCGCUGAACUAUCGCUGUCGCCUGUCGCACGUCUUCAGCGUUCGAGCGUUCGUCGUCGCGACAACCAGUGAGUGGUAACUAUACUAACCACCAGGUGACCGCCGAAUCGCACCACUUCUGUCCAUUACUACGUUGUCGUCGUCACCUCAGCUUUCCGUCGUCCGGACAGACCGUCGUCGUUGGCGCCAACCAUACGCGUCAGACGAUUGUACUGAGGCAACAUACUCUUCACACUGAAAUCCGGCGCCGGCUUAGCAUGACGCUGGACUACGGUACGGCCAGCCGAGCAGCGCAACUCGUCGAACGUUUGACCAGCACCGGUGAAAACGACGUCGAUUGCAAGUUGUUCGACGAAAUUGAAAACAUCUGCAAAAAAUCCUCAAUUUACAUCGACAGAGUUCAUGUAUUACUAUUUCAUCAACUCAAAGAAAAACAUUCYCAGAUUCGUUUGAAUGCGCUCCGAAUUUGUAAUCGUCUUUUUAAGAAAUUUGAACAUUUUAGAAAAUUAAUAAUUGUCGAUAUCUCAGUUCUCCUAAAACUUACUGUCAACACAGACGCCGGACGAACGUUGCCCCCACCUAAAAAAUUCGCUACRGAUUUGGAAAUUUACGCCAUUAGGUGCAUCAAAGAAUGGAACGACGAGUUCGGAAAAGACUUUAAAGAUGAAUUUAAUUUUGUGUUUAAGUAUUUGAGCAAGUACAAAAAAAUUGAUUUCGAAUCUAUGACCGUGCGGUCCGUUAUCAGCGCGAGACUAGUGGAGGACAGGGAACAGCGACAACGACGUUUGAAUGAUGAGAAAUUGAAAAAAAUUGAGUCGGAAAUAAAUGAACUCGAACCGGAAAUAAUGGUCGUGGCUAAAACCCUGGAAAGUUGUCUGGAAUUGUUAAUUCCCAUUCCGGAAGAGUUUUCUAUACCUGAAGUGGAGGAAGACAUUGUCCCUUCGUCGAACCCUUCGAAAUUGUCGUCGACCCCUUCGAAAUUGUCGUCGACGGAUCCCGGACAGAAAAUUGUCGCCGAGACUGAGUCGGAUGAUGAAAAUGAAAGAUGGAGAGAAAUUGGCAUAAUCGACCCAGCCGCGCACACUGUGACAGUCACACUGAGACCGGAUUUCCGAAAAAGGGUGAAGAAAUCCGAAGACAAUUUGGCUAUAAUCGAAAGCUCAAACGAACAAGUGAAGCUCAUAUCCGACAAGUAUUUGCCAAAAAUUAAAAAAUUGCUACAAGACAUAGCAAAAAUUUCGAACGGAGAACUCUUGAAACGAACGAUCGAACUCAAGCGUCGUUUAACCGACCUGACGAGCCGAGAAAAUAAAAUCRUGUACUAUGAAGAUGGUGAUGAUAGUUCUAGCGACUCGGACAUGGAAGAAGUCCUCCCUCAAUCGUCCGCCGAUGAUCUUUUGGCUCAAUAUUUAGCUAAAUCGGAUUAUAAUAUUCAAAAUGAUGGCAGUGAUCGCGCUGACUCCACAAAAGUUUCGGAGAGAGAUGACAAUCGAAAAAGUGUCACAGCUGUGCCAAAGUUACCGUUCGACAUCGAUCUGUAUCACUGGGAAGACGAACAACUUUCAGCUCCUCGUAUUUUACCUACAAAUCAAGAUGGUCAUAGUUUUUGGACUUCAAAUUCUGUAAUGGACAGUGACUGUGACGGUAUUGUAAUACCAGGAGGAUCUGAAAAUUUACGCACGCGAGUGAUYGAAUUUACUGGUAAAUUCGAAAGAGUUGAUAGACAGUGUAGAGCCCCAUUGCCAAGUGGUAGAUUAUGCCCUAGAGAAGACCGUUUUAAGUGUCCAUUUCAUGGGCGAAUUGUACCGAGAGAUGAGCUUGGUCAAGUUGUUGAUGCGGAAGACAAAAAAAUUUUGGAAAAAGAAAAAAAACAGAAUGUACCUGAUUGGCAAGAUCCACAACUGCUUAGAGAUAUACAGAGUCAAACUGGGGUUGAUCUUACAAUGCCUAAAAAAGGAAGUAGAAAGAGUMGAAAACAAAGGUCAAAUUUGACAAAUUUAAAAAAAGAACAGGAUACUCCACGGGCCCGGCUGGAAAAAAAAGUGUUCAAAAAAUCAUCUGUGAAGAAAGUUGCUAAAAUUUUAGAUGGUAUGGAUCAAAGGAAA